CCUGGCUCGUUUCUUUUAUUUUUUCCCUCCGCGCCAACAACCGUGAGCUCAUAAUUAUUUAAAAGAAGAUAAAAAAUAAAAAUAAACAACUUGAGAAAUAGCAAACGUCUGCUGAAAACGUUUGCAAAAAAAAAAAAUAAAUAUGAUUGAAAUACGGAGUAAGAUGGCGCCACAUUUUGGCUCUUGACGCGAGUAUUUUUUUACUCAUCAUCACACGUGCGCUUGUAGUGUUUAUAGGUCAAGAAUAAUUUUCAUCUAAAAUACAAUACACUCGGUGAGAAUAAGAUGGCAAUUAAACGUACAAGUACGAAUAAAUUGGUGGUAGACAGACCAAAAUAGUUUGUGCCCCUGGGCUCUCCAACUAAACAAGUCUGCUGUCGGCUGCCUGAUCAUCAGUUUAUGUUAAUAAAAAAUGGCCUGUACCGCUCAAGAUGAUGGACCUGGUAAAUUUUUAAAGAAAGGGACAACUAUUAUCUCUGCCACACCAUUCGCAUUUAUUCUAGGAUCUCUCCAUAGAAAGGAACGUUGCGAUUAUUGUUUCAAAAGUGGCAAGAUAUCAAGAUGCUCGGGCUGUCAGUACGUUUACUACUGCAGCAAAACUUGUCAAAAAAGAGGCUGGUCAAUUCACAAAGUAGAGUGUCCGAAUAUAAAACGUGUGCACCCGAGAAUUGUACCUGACGCUGCUCGAUUGAUGGCCAGAAUAAUUAUAAAAUUAUUUCAGAUGGGUAAAAAUGAACGGGGUUAUUACACAGCAACUAAAUAUCGUGUCUUCAAUAAUCUAAUGACACAUGCGGAGGAUAUAAAAAAAAAUGUUAAAAAAAUGGAACACUUUACGUCACUGAGUAUGGUCUUGUUUGAAUUCUUACCGCAAGAAAUAAUACCCGAGCCCAAAAAAUUGCUGGAGAUAUUUGGACGUAUGAGUGUGAACUCAUUCAACAUUCUUGAUACAGAUAUGACCAGUUUAGGUGUAGGUAUUUAUUUGGGGCCUUCAAUACUCGAUCAUUCUUGCAAGCCAAAUGCGACAGCUAUUUUUGAAGGCACAAAGCUGCUUAUUAGAACUCUGUGCGACUUAGAGUCCCUUGAUUGGUCUAAGAUAUUUAUAACGUAUAUAGAUUUACUAAAAGACACAAAGACGAGGCGCGAGGAAUUGAAACAGUCGUACUUCUUUUUGUGCGAGUGUGAAAGAUGUAACUCACCAGAGACUAUCGAAAUAGCUGCAGCAUGUCCUAAUAAAAAAUGCACAAAUCCAUGCCUGCCGUCACUCAACGAGUGCAACAAAUGCGGGGAAAAAUUAACCGACGACUUCAUUGAUAAAUUUAAUAAAGUCUGUGAACUUUCGCUUUAUCAGUUGGACAAAAUGCAGUCCAUGGCUUAUUUGGACGCAAGUAGAAUGUGUUUGGAUAAGCAAGAAGGAAUAGUACAUCCGUAUAAUUUACUUGCUGUCCGUACGCUAGAAAACGCCGUAGCAGCAGCCGUCGACUUGGAUCGCUGGGAAGAAGCUGAAGUUUAUGCAACAAAAUUAAUUCCUAAAUAUUUAUAUUAUUACGGCGAUUCACAUCCAAUGACUGCCCAGAUGUAUUUUUCAUGGGGUAAAUUGCUGUCACUGCAAAAUAAAGGUCUUCAGGCACUGGAAGUCGUCACAAAAGCCGCGCGUAUGAUUGAACUGACCUUCGGCCCGAACCAUUCAAAAGUUAAAUACGAAGUUAAACCUGUACUGGAUCAAUUGGUCGCUGAAUAUCACUUAUCGAUGCAAGCAAUUAGUAAAUAAUGAUAUCUAUUUAAAUAAUAAUAAUAAUAAUAUUUUAUAAAAUUUCUAAGUCGUUAAAAAAUAAAAGAAUUGAUUAAAAAAAUU